AUGGGCUACACACACUACUGGCGCUGGAACUUUACGAACUCGAAGCUAUUGGAUGAGACCUGGAGCCGCCUAGUCGAAGACACGAAGGCAAUUGUCAAAGCGGCCGAUAUCCCUCUUUGCAAGAGUGCCACUCCUGGUGUUCCACCUGUCAUCGAUGUCACCAAUGGUAUUCAUCUCAACGGAGCUGAUAGUGACGACUAUGAAGACUUAUUCUUCCACCCCGAACUCGACAGGCAUCAUAACGAAUUCUGUAAGACGGGCGAAAGGCCUUAUGACGUUGUCGUCACCGCUAUUCUGUUGCGGGCUUCGAUGUUGUUUGGCUCUGCUAUCACUGUUUCUUCGGAUGGCCAUUGGGCGGAUUGGCAGAGUGCCCGCUACUUGAUCAGCGAGCUUUGGCCCGAGGAGGAGAUAGAGUGUCUUUUCGAGAGUGACGAGGAAGAUGAGGAUGACGAGUCGCUUCUCAAGUGA